AUCUGCUUCAACUACACGCAUUGACUUGAUCUUGUGACCUUCCCACAUUAGAGCCAACGACAACGCCCAUUCAGAGAUAUAGCCGUUAUGGUACCGUCGGAAGUCCAAGCGACCCCGCCGGACGAGUAUCAUGAUGCAGCUCCUCACUGGCAGGCCCCAACGCCUCCUCACGCGAUGACCGAGGCUUCUACGGCAGUCAAUACCCCUCGACCAUCCUUUUCUUACUUCACCUCAAAGCCACUACCAAAGGCGUCAUCGUCAUCAUCAUCACAACAUCAUCGCGACACCGAGAUGCGUCGGGGCAGUAGCGCCACCGCGCUCGCCGCCGCCGAGGACGAGGACGAGAAGGCUCGGGCGCAGGCAGCUUCCCAGGGUGAGGCAAAGCAUGGUCAGAAGCAUCCUGCUUUGCAUGCCUCGUCACGGUCGCCCUCCGUCAUUGUCGUGGGCUUCGAAGGAGAAGACGAUCCCCUCGACCCUCACAAUGAGCCGGCGUGGAAGAAAUACGCAUGCACCCUUACUAUCGCCGUCAAUGCCUUCUUGAUCAGUUGCUUCGCCUCAGCGUACCUCUUUGUCAGCCCCGACAUUGAGGUCGCAUUUGGCGCGAGUCACGAAGUCGUCAUCGUAGGAUUCGUCACCUACGUCGUCAUGUGGGGCCCGGGUCCCCUGCUCUGGGCCCCCUUGUCAUCAACCAUCGGCCGCAAGCCCGUCUACGUAGGCGCAGUCGCCUUGUGGACUCUAUUCAACAUCGGGUGCGCGAGAGCGCAAAGCAUAGGUGUUCUCAUUGGUUGUCGCCUCCUUGCUGGUUUCUUUGGGAGCGGCUGUUUGUGCAAUGGCGGGGCAAGUUCAACCGACAUGUACCAGAACCAUGCUCGUAUCAAGGCGACGACGUCGUAUUCCUUCGUCGUCUUCUUGGGUCCAGUCUUCGGGCCCCUCAUUGGCGGCGCUGUACAGGAGUAUGCACCCAAGACGGCGGACGGAGGCUGGCGCUGGGUCUUCUACGGCGGUAUCGCGGCGGGCACGCUCGUGACUAUCGCGCACUGCCUGGUCAUCGAGACGAACCACAACAUUCGUCUACGCAGGAGAGUGAAGCAGUUACAGAAGGCGCAGGAAGCUACCGAGGCUGGUGACAACAAAGCCGCAGAAGAUGGGAGCGUGACCGCUAAACACGUCCGCUACACGACUGAGGCAGAUGAGCAUGGCCUGACCAUCCAAGCUCAAGUGUUCCAGGUUGCCGGCAGUGCCGCUCGCAUGAUUGCUGAGGAGCCCAUCAUCCUCUUCAUCUCCCUCUGGCAGACGACGGUCAUGGCUGUGCUAUACCUGUUCUUCGAGGCCUAUCCAGUCGUCUUUGGAGAGGGUCAUGGCUUCAACUCCUUCCAGACUGGCUUGACUUUCAUUGGCGUCGGUUGCGGUAUGACGUCUGCUUGCAUCUGGGCUGUCACAGGGGAGCUGAGACUGUGGGACAGGAGACGAGCGAAGAAAGGUGGACAGGCAAAGCCCGAGAUGAGGGUCCCGCAAGGGCUAGUAGGCGCCGUUCUGACCGUCAUUGGAUUGUUCUGGUACGGCUAUACUUCGUACCCACGCAUCCACUGGAUCGUUCCUGUCAUAGGCUCGGCAGUCUACGGAGUCGGAGCAAUCAGCGUCAUGCUCUCCACCUUCUCCUAUCUCGUCGACACUUUCGCCUACAGAGCAGGCUCAGCAUUUGCCGCCGUUGGCCUCAUCCGUUCAGUGGUGACGGCCGUCCUGCCUCUCGGAGGGACGCAGAUGUUCGAGAACCUCAACCCACGAAACGCUUCACUGAUCCUUGCACUGCUGGCCUGCGUGCAAAUCGCCACGCCGCUGUUGGCGAUCAGGUAUGGGGAGAAGUUGAGAAUGAGGAGCCGCUUCGCACCCAGGGUCGGAGCGGGCAAAGGACAGCACUAGCGUCCUUGGGAGCGCACUGUAGAGUACAUCAGCAUUGAAAUAGAGUGUCACAAUGCAGCAUACCAUAAAGAUAGAGUAGGACGAUGUCGUUUCUCAGCUGCCGUCUCAGGCCGCAAUUAUCGUCAAACCCUGUAUCCUCCCUCCUUCUCUAAAGGGCGUAAGAGUCAAUAGUGAGGGCGGUCGAUCUGA